GGAAUUCCAGAGCACCAGUGAAGCUGAGUUGAACUAGUAAUACCUAGCUUCCAAGUUGAAACUCCCUUUGACUUUACGUCGCAUUUCAACUCCCAAAUCCUUCAUUUAUCCUUCACCAUCUUCUUUUUCACAAACAUGACUGAACCAGCUCCGAGGAUAGCUAUCAAGUUUGGCACAUCCUCCUCGUCAUCGAAGCCAACCAACGGAGCAAAGAAACACCAGGCUCUUCCACAUCCACCAUCUACACUAGGCAAGCGUGUUCGGCCACGCCAUGCGCUUAACAACGACUCAGAUUCUGGCAGCGACGACGAAACCCAGAACGGCAAACACCAAGUAGUGACAACCAUUGGUGAGGAUUGGAUUGGGUCUGAUGCGAAGAGACGGAGCGUGAAAACAGAUAAGGCUACGGGAGCCAAAACGCCCUACGUAAUCACUGGUCACACGAAUCGCGACUGGAAAGCGGAGUUAAAAGGAAAGAAAGUCGUCAAAGAUGGAUCGCCACACCGAAAGGGGACGCCAUCUCACGAUUUCGUAGAAACGGAGCCAGCCGAUAAGGACAAGCAAGUCAAAUGGGGCUUAAUGGUGACCAAGAAAACGACACAGGCCAACACUGAAGAAACAGAUGAGAUACGAUUAAACGAACAGCAAUCUACUUCAAUCGAAACUGCGACGAAUCCUGAAGAUAGCAAACAUGAUGGUCCCCAAAAUCGUGAUAUUGAAGAAGGUGAUGCCAUGGAUGCCCUGCUCGGCAAGAAAAGGAAGUCUGCAAAAGAAUUGGUUAUCGAGGACACAUCAAAACGCAACAUGUCUGUUGCCCAAUCCGAACAAGACGCCUACCGCCGCAGAAUGGAGGAAGCUGCAAAUGUUUCCACGAUAGAAGAGUAUGACCAAAUUCCUGAAGGGGAAUUUGGGGCGGCUAUGUUGCGCGGCAUGGGCUGGAACGGCGUGGAGCACGGUUCGAAGCCUAAAGAAGUCAAGAAACGAUCGCAUUUGAUGGGGCUUGGUUCAAAGGAGGACGAGGAAAUUAAAAAGGGAGAAUUAGCCCGAAAAAAUGGGCAUCGUGAGCGAAAGCCCCGACUCAACGAGUAUCGUAGGGAGAAAGAUAAGGAGAGGCGGGAUCGUGAUGAGCGCCGCGGCGACAGCUACAAAUCAGAACGUGAACGCGAACGACAAAGCCACAGCCAUAGUCAUAGCCACCGUGAUAGGGAUCGGAACAACCAUAGACUUCCUGAGCGAAGCCACAGACACUGAGAAGUAGCAGUCAUUACUUUUCUACCCCCCUCGAAAAGAUGUAAAUCGUGGCUUUUGGUCAUACUCUUACCCUACAAAUGCCCUCACUACGUCGCCGAUUCCAAAGGCCCUUAACGAUCAUAUCAUCACGGCCCAGUUUUCUUCCUCCAAGAUGUUGGAUGUUCGGGGUGGAUUCUUGAGUGCAUACUAGGAGAGGUAAACCAAAAUCACCCACGGCCCUGAUACCCAAUAAUAUAACUUGGAAUAGGAGGCUAUUAAAUCAAGAAUUGGGUCAAGAAGCUAAAUAGCCACCUAACUACC